CUGAGAGAGAUAAGACGAGCCGGCAUCGACAGCGCCAUCCUCGCCCCGCAGCUUUCAAUCAAGCGUCUUUCUUGAGCGCUUCCCGGGUGCAAAGCACUGUACUGAGCGCUUGGGAGAGCAGCCAGGAGGUGCGUGCGGGGGGGGGGGAACGGUCUUCGCAGCUGGGCCUUGCAAGGUUUAAACCGAAGCUGCCGCCAAUUUUCAAACAAAGCCUACAAGAUGAUGUCGUCCAAAUAUGUUGUGUUUCUCUGUUUCUGUUGCUGUGUGACGAGAGUGCAUUCCAUCUGCUGGCACAGCCUAAAUCCAUUUGUAUGGCUGACUAAGAUGCACUCAAUAAUGCCUCCCGGGAGCAGUACCAAACACAACAUUCCUGGAGGAAAAGGGCCUUACUCCGUGGGAUGUACAGAUUUGAUGUUUAAGCCCACACGUGAGGGUAGCUUUUUGCGUUUAUAUUACCCUUCCCAAGAUGUUAAGGACCAGGAAAGCACUGUGUGGAUUCCAAAUCAAGAAUAUUUUACAGGUCUUACAAAAUUCCUUUCAAGACAUCGGUUCUGGGACAAAUUUUUAAAGCUCAUAUUUGGCUCUGUGAAGAUUCCUGCCAAGUGGGAAGCCCCUUUCAAGUCUGGAGAAAAAUACCCCUUGAUCAUCUUUUCUCAUGGCCUUGGAGCCUUCAGGACAAUAUAUUCUGCUAUUGGCAUGGACCUGGCAUCUCAUGGAUUUAUAGUUGCUGCAGUGGAACACAGAGAUGAUUCUGCAGCAGCGACCUACUAUUUCAAUAAAACAUUAUCUAAGACGUGGCUGUACUACAAGAAUCUCGAAGAGGGGGAUAAUGAAUACUCAUUACGUCAUUCACAGGUUCUGCAAAGAGCAAAUGAGUGCAGUAGUGCUCUUGAUUUGCUUCUGGAUAUUAAUAGUGGAAAAUCAGUAAAGAAUGAAUUGGAUUUGAAGUUUAAUUUUGAGCACCUAAAGAAUGCUACUGACCCCAGUCAAGUGGCAAUAAUAGGACAUUCCUUUGGGGGAGCUACAGUCAUUCAGACCCUUAGCCAAGACAAGAGAUUCAGGUGUGGAAUUGCCCUAGAUGCCUGGAUGUUACCCUUAAAUGAUCAAGUCAAUUCCAGAGUUCCUCAGCCACUCCUGUUCAUCAAUUCUGAGAAAUUCCAGUAUCUUAAAAAUAUCCAAAAAAUGAGAGCUCUUUACCAACCUGGUACAGAAAGAAAAAUGAUCACAAUCAAGGGCUCCGUCCAUCAGAACUUUCCAGAUUUUAUUGUGACUGGUGACAGGAUUGGAAGGUGGCUCUUGCUGAAAGGAGAUAUAAAUUCGAGUCUGGCCCUUGACCUCAGCAAUAAGGCAUCUUUAGCUUUCUUGCAAAAACACCUAGGCCUUCACAGAGACUAUGACCGAUGGGCUCAUCUCCUGGAUGGAAAAGAUGAGAACUUGAUUUCAGGCAGCCCUUUUGAUGAGCCUCACCUUUAACCUCCUCCAUGUAGGUUAUCUGAUUCCAAGAUUAUAGGUUACGGCAAGAGUACUCAAACGGCACUGUGCCCCUGCGUGGAUAGCCCUCGUUUUCUUACAAGGCUUUCCUUUAGAAUAAUUCUUGUCUACCACUCAGUGAAUCUUCCACAAACUAAUUUUCCUUCACCUUUAAACUCCAGAGCAGCUAGAGGAAAUGAAAUGAUCUGGGUAGGGAUGAGAAAACAAUCAGCAGCAGGAGUGCCAGAAUUCACAGAUCAGUUAGUUAAGAAACUUGGUUGGCUGAUAAAGGGGCAGGGCUAUCUGUAGUCUGGGCAGAUCCCACUGUCCACUCAUUAUGAGGCAGCUGUUCUCUUGGAAGAUUAAAAAAACAAACAAGACUUUUGUCCAAAGAGUAAACUUUAUUCAAGAUAGAUAAUAUUACAAUAACCCCAACAUUCAAACAGAAGCUCUAUUAAACCUGUGACCCAAAUGAAAUUCAACACUAUUCUAACCUCUGAAUAUGCUAUUCUUAACAGCUGGUACAACUUCAGCGGUGGGAGGGUUGAUGCUCCCCUGUUCACAAAUCCUUGGAAUUACAACAGACUUUAUUUAGCUCGUGCUUACAUCCUGAAGAUGAAACAGUACCAGGUGAAGAGUACCAUCACUUAAUUAACAUGUAAUUACUAUGUAAAACAAACCCUAAAACUGGGAGAAGAGUUUUCCCAGUAUUCUUCAUACGCAGACUAGUACCCAAAAAAACGAGGUGAACAAGGUAGUGAUCUAUGAUUAUUUUUUUAAGACCCUUUCAGAAUUAGCAGGCUCUUCUGGGAGACAGAUGCACUCACGUUCACCAGAACCUUCUUGGUUCAACUCUUGUAAAGACGACCUCACAGAUUCAAGGGUGUUGUCUGAAUUGCUAGGCCCCAUCUCGGCCUUCAUGCUUAAAGCCAAGUCAUUUGCAGAGCUCUUUGCUGGUAACACGAGGGGCAAGUCUGAAGGUGACAACAGGAGAAGGAAGAAAAGACUGAUUAUUUCUAAAGGCUGUCUAUCAUUCGUGUCACUUUCACCUCGAUCUUUUAAUGGCCCUACAGAUAUUGAACUAGAUUCAUCUCUUUCCUUCUGGACUGGUCUCUUUACUAUAUAUAAACAAAUGCUAUUUCAAAAGAC